UUCCAGUUCCAGUCCCCGUCCUCUGUAUUUCCACUUGGAGUGGGCUUCUAACUCAGAGCUGUGAAGUACUCGGAGGCUGUCAAAAAAAUACCCCGUGCCGUGGAUCCUAUUAAAAGCUCUUCGUUCUUAAUUAUUUCGCCAGUUCUGAUGUUUUUUCUACAGGCUACAGCCGGGAGAGGAUGCGGCUUUUCGUUUACACAACUUUGCUUGGAUUUCUCCUCAGUACAGGAAUUGCAUUGCAAAUCCAGUGUUACCAGUGCGAAGAGUUUCAGCCCAACGACUGUUCCACACCAGAGUUCAUUGUGAACUGUACAGUCAAUGUGCAGGACAUGUGCCAAAAAGAAGUGCUUGUGAGAAGCGAUGAAUACAAUCUCAGAAUGACGAGAAUGGUGCAACUAGGAAUGAGAAAUAACUGGAGGCAAAGCGAAGUGCUGGAGUGUCAGUAUGUGAUUUUGGAAAACAUAUUGGACGGCAUACAUUAUCGGAAGUCCUGCGCUUCCUCUGCAGCCUGCCUCAUUGCCUCGUCGGGCUACCAGCAGUUCUGCACUGGGAAGCUGAACUCGGUCUGCAUCAGCUGCUGCAACACACCCCUUUGCAAUGGACCCAGACAGAAAAAGAGGCCCAACUCAUCUGUGGCACCUGCACAUCAACUGCAUGUCUCUCCCAUUCUGCUGUCUUGUCUACUAACAGUUCUGCUUUCAUAGGACUGGCUUUCCUGGGACACUCUAGCAAUGCAGUGUAGAGAUUUGACAACAGUACUGCAACAACCUUGGUGUUACUUACCACGUUUGUAACAUGCCUUAAAGCAUCAAUCAUUUCAAACCGAUUCUUGAAGAGAUUCGAUUAAUUUAUCAGUGUCAAUCAUAGAAAAAAUAAAUAAAACAUUGCUGUAAACAAAACAGCCUGUACUAGUAGAAAUCGCAUUUAGCCAAGCAGAGUCUAAUUUAGGGAGCUUGGCAAAGCAAACAAAAAAACUAAAACAAACGGGCAAAACAUGCACACUUUCCUGAAUGAAUUCAGUGUCUUUCUGAGAGCUUGCUGAAGCUCAAUCUUUAGUUCUUUCAGUGUGGCAGGGACAGCUGUUGCAUAUGUGUUUUAACAAACUGAGCUUGAGAAGAGAUUUCAUAGGUGGUGCUCUAAUGUGUGGUGAUUGGGCCUGUCAUGCCCGAUCUUUUUUCAGCUUGAAAAACUACAACCAGUGACGUGUCGAGUCGUGUCCUGCUCAUGACAAAACAAUCACAA